CCCGGCUGCACCCUGCUCUGCACCCGCACUCCACCCCCAGACCUCACCCUGCCCUGCCGAGCGCUCAAUAGCCAGAUGGUAGGCCUAGACAAACGCUCUUCCGCGAGGGUGCCGGGAUGAGCGGGGGCUGGACUUCUAGAAAGGGAUCUGCGGGCGCAGGAGCUGGGGUCCGCGGUCUGGGGCCGCCAACGCAAGCCAUCAGCCCCGUGCUCAGCUCCCAGCAGGCAGAGGGUUCAGAAGCACCAGCGCCAUCAGCUUGGAAGCCUGCAAUCCACACACGGCUGACCUUGCCUACUUCCUCUUUCCAAGUUGUAGACUGCAGACUCUCUUCUGGGAAAUUGCCCCCAAAUCUAACAGGAGUACAAGAAGCUGGGGAGACUGGAAAACAGCACCGAAUUCCCCUGAAACUGCGGAUGGAAGCCUUCCCAGUCCUGCAACCACCUGCAGACUCUCACAAGCACUGUGUUCCCGGGAGAAGACCUUGCUACCCCAGGCCCAGGGAGUCGAGAGAAAACAAAGCCCUGAAGGUUUUUCACCCCGGGGGUGAGAGUGCGUGAUCCAAGAUAUACUUGAGGGAAAUUGUACAGAUAGUCCCAACUUAGCAUUGUUCAACUUUAUGAUGGUAUGAAAGUGAUGGCAUUCAGUAGAAAUUGUACGUCAAGUGCCAAUACAAUCACUGUUUUUCACUUUUGGUGCAGUAUUCAAUAAAUCACAUGAGGUAUUCAACACUUUACU